AUGCCUCGUUUGUCGGAUCAUGUGCCGUCGAAACGGCGCUUGCAGUCGCGAAGACCGCGAUGGCGCAAGCUGUCAGAUUCGUCAUCUAAUAUUUUCGUCAUCAUCGCAAACGCGUCCCGCCGCGCUCGAGAAAAAUCGCCGUCGACAAUGUCACUCGCCCGUCGCCCCGACGCCGUCGUGAAGACGAGCGCGGUAACGCCGUACCGAGACGUUCAAUUUCCCUCGUCACCCAAGGUGGCAAUCACGAAGAAUCUUGACACUCUGACACUGUGA